CCUCCCUCAAAAAAAUGGCUGGAUCUCCAUGGCCAUGCUGUGAUAAUAUAAGCUUGAAAAAGGGGCCUUGGACAGCUGAAGAAGAUGAGAAACUCUUAGCUUAUAUUCAAGAACAUGGCCAUGGAAGUUGGCGUUCUCUUCCCUCUAAAGCUGGGCUUCAAAGAUGUGGAAAGAGCUGCAGAUUGAGGUGGACCAAUUAUCUGAGGCCAGAUAUUAAGAGAGGAAAGUUCAGCUUACAAGAAGAACAAACUAUUAUCCAACUCCAUGCCCUUCUUGGAAAUAGAUGGUCCGCUAUUGCAAGUCACCUGCCUAAGAGGACAGACAAUGAGAUCAAGAAUUACUGGAACACUCGUCUAAAGAAGAGAUUGACAAAAUUGGGGAUUGAUCCAAUCACUCACAAGCCCCAAAAUCUUUCACUAAAUUGCCACCAUUCCAAGGAGGUUGCCAACAUUAACCACAUGGCUCAGUGGGAAAGCACCCGGCUUCAAGCCGAGUCCCGGCUUGUGCGCGAAUCCAAACUCACAUUUAACCCCCACUCACUCUGCGUUGGCGGUCCAUCCCAGAGGCCGCCAAUGCAGAGUCCGUGUUUGGACAUCCUCAAAGUGUGGGAGUGGACAAAUCCUGGCAAGGACAUCUCUUCCAUGAUUCUCAAUGGAUUUUCCCCCUCCGAUGGAAAGAACAUGCUCGAUGGAGCGUCAUCGUUCACCGUGAAAGAAUCCGCUGGUAAAUCACAUCAUGGCUCUAUUGAUCAGGCCAGGGGCAUUAUGGGGAAUUCAGUGGAACUUGAUCAUUCUACUUAUGUUGAUCACGACUCUCUAGGGUUUCCGAUCUUCAUGGACGGCCUCGAUGGCGCAGUCUCCGGUCCCGAAUAUACCUAUAAUGCCCUCCCUCGGAGGUUGUUGGGGAGAUCUUGAGGAGAACAAGGCCAAUUGCUGGAGCAACAUGUGAUCGUCCACAUUUAAAGACUUAAAUUAAUUAACUAGGGUUAGAUUUAAUGCUGUAAUAAUUUGUUACGAAUAUUCCGAUAAUUAGUUAAGUCUUUGCUAGCUAAGUAUUUGUCAAUGUUUGAUUAGGUUUUCCUAAUCAUGUUUGUUAUAAUUAAGCAGAUUG